CGCAGUAAGCUUCUUUUUCAGAACCUCUUAUCCUACGUGAACUCUCAUUUGCCAUCAAUAUUCCGGUAAAAUAACACCGUACAUUAGUCAUCAUUCAAUUUCAACCUACGCGAAACUUGUGUUAACAUUAUGGAGUCAACAGAAGCUAACUCGGUGUCUGAAACCGUCAUAAUCAACGUUUCCAACUCUCACAACGACACCGUAUCGUUCGAGCGAAAGUACAGUCGUUCGUUAAAGAUUUACGAGCUGAAGCACAAACUAGAAACGAUCACCGGCGGAAACGCCGGUACCAUGAAGCUCGAACUGUACAGCGGAACCCGGCUGGUUAGCAAACUGGAUGACGAUAACCAAUCCCUUCAGAAUUACCCAGUCGAGGAUGGCAUGCGUAUCCACGUUAUCGACAAUUUCCAGUUCUUCCAGGAAAAUGUGGCAAAGUUUGAACUAUCCCAGGAGGAAUACGACAAAAAGGCGGACAGCCUGAGAAGCUUUCUCCGGAAAAAUAAUCUCGGUAAAUAUAACGCGGAAGAAAUGGCCAAGCUGGAAGAAGAGCGCAAGCUUCAGGAGGAGGAAGACCGGAAAAAGUUAGAAGAAACAGCCAUCGGUGCGCGUUGCCGUGUCACGACCAAGGGCCAACCGACUAGACUGGGGACGAUCAUGUACAAAGGAUCGCUGGAGAAUAAACCGGGAACAUUUUUCGGUGUAAAGUUCGAUGAACCGCUUGGCGUGAACGAUGGGAGCAUGAAUGGCAAACGUUACUUUGAAUGCGGCCCGAAAUAUGGAAGCUUCGUUGCACCAAAGGCGGUAGAGGUAGGAGAUUUUCCACCAGAAGAGUUUUCUCUUGAUGAUGAGCUGUAAAGUGCCGCCAGCAGCAAGGCAUCUUCAAGGGAAUCCAACCGUAUCCAAGAUGCUGCGCAAUAUUAAAUCGAUCCUCUUUCCAGUAUCCGGCAAAACACUCCAGAAACGCUUGUUUAACAAUACAUAUUAUUAUUUGACAUUUUGUAAUGAGCUUUGCGCUGUUUCUUUU